AUGUUGGAGCUUGAGCCCAAGAGCUGUCUGGUCUGUCGCAAACGUAAGGUCAAAUGCGACCGCACGCCGGGCUCGUGCCGCAAAUGCGACAAGUUCGGAGCAGAAUGCGCCUACACAGCCGCCGAGCCCAGGACACGCAGCGCGACGUCGCCAGCUUCACGAUCACCCGGCAAUGGCAUCGAUAACGGCAUCACCAAGGCCGGUCUCGCGCGGCGCCGCACCCCCCGGUCCUGUGUCGAGUGCCAGCGCACCAAGGCCAAGUGCUCCGGCGAGAUCCUCUGCGGUAGAUGCGACAGAAAGGGUCUGCCGUGCCUCUAUCGUGACGCGGGGGGCGACAAUGCACGCGCCCCGACACCUCGCUCCCUGAUCGAUGCCUCGAUGCCGGCGUGGCUGCUGUCGCGCAUCUUGCCGCCGGUCCAUCGCGUGCGCGAGCUGCUGGACAUGUACUUUGCUCGCGUGCACACCGUGCGGUGCCUGGGGUUCCUUCACGUCCCGACUUUCAUGGAGCGCUUCCAAGACGAUGGCGAAGCCUAUGAAGACCCGUCGGGACUCGUCCACAUCAUGUGCGCGCUCGCCGCGCCGUUCUACUACGCCCACGCCGCCUCCUCUUCGUCGUCGUCCUCAUCCUCCUCGGAAGAUGGCCUCCAGCCGAGCACGCGCUUCCACGAAGCGGGACGCGGCUGGGCAGCGACCGCCAUGGAGCGCAUGUUUGCCAACUUUGGCAGCCCCGCGGUCGAGUGCCUCAUGGCCGCCGUGCUGCUGCACGAGCAGCACCUGCGCGUCGGCGACCACGCCAAGGCGUUCCUCGUGUCGGGCAUCGUCGCGCGGCACGUCCAGAUCCUGCAGCUCAACGUGGAGCACGACGGCGACGUGCUGUGCGAGCGGCCCGGCGCCAUCCCCUGGGCCGUCAAGGAGAGCCGCCGGCGGCUGUUCUGGGCGUGCUACCUGCAGGACGCCUUCAUCGAAUGCGGCAUUGACCAGCUGCGCUUCAUAUCCGCCGACGACGUGCAGAUCCAGCUGCCGUGUCUGGAGGACUAUUUCAUCAGGAACAGGCCGUGUGUCACGGAGAUGUUGCGCCAGGGCACGGUUCUGCCGUUUGUGGAGGGGGACUCGCGGGGGCGGGAUGGCGCAAACCUCGACUUGAGGUCGUUUUACAUCCGCGCAAUGGUAACUCGUUCGCGCGUCCUCAAGUAUGUCAAGCACCUGGAGGGCGAUGUCCCCUGGAGCGCCACGCAGGACUCGCGCUUCCAGCAGCUGGACGGAGAGCUCGUGGCGAUUGAGAACUCCAUACCCGAUGUUCUGAGGAUGACGCCCGAGAACGUCUACCUAUACAAGGCCUCGGGUCGCCUCAACGUAUAUUUUGGUCUGCACAUCCUUCUCGCGCAGACGUUCAACGAUCUCUACCGCGUCGGCGUAUCCGGCCUCGUCUUCCCCUUCUCCGCGACGAAAUGGAUACGAGACAACGCGCCGUCAGACUUCAUUACGCGCUGCCACCGGGUCUGCGCCAGCAAAGCCGCCUACAUCGCCACCCUGCUAGACGACCUAUACAAGUGCCACAAGGAAAGCAUGGUGGACAUCCCGUACGCCAUGCACGCGCAGGUAUGCAGCGGCGUGCUGGUCACGACUCUCGCCUCGUGGACGGGACGAGACGCCCUGCUACCGGGCGUCGGGCUCGACGACUACGCCCGCAUGCUGGAGAGCAACGUGCGCGUGCUGCAGCACCUGCGGCGCUACAUGAAGGUGGACCUCUUCCUCGAGUCGGCGACGCAGGCGCUCAAGCGCUUCGACAGUAUGAGGAUGAGGGAGCAGCGCAGGAGCGGACCGGUAGGCGAAGACGGCGAGCUGAACACCGACGCGGGCGAGAACGUGAACCCGCGGCAGUUUUCGCUCGACUACAUCUUGAACCCGCUGGGCGUGUAUCCCAUUGCGCGGACGCAGGCCAGCGAUCGGCACAAGCCGGAGGAGUUUGCUGCCGCUGCCGCUGCCGCGACGGCUGCGCGACCGUUGACGCCGAGCACCACGGCGUCUACUAGGGGGCAGAGCGCCGACGAGUUGAUGGCACUGGAGGACCCGUUCCCAGGUAGCGGCGCGUGGGACUGGUCGCAGAUGCCCUUUUUGGAGAGCAUGGGGUACCCGACGUUUCUUGAGAACGAGGCUCUGGUGCAUGGCGCGUUGGACAGCGGAGACGCCUCUGAUGUGAUGCAGUUGUAG